UGAGUUACAAGCCAAUUAAUGCAUAUUAGCCGGAACACCACCAAUCGAAUAGAUGAUGAUCAAAGAAUGGCACAAAUUAAUAUUUACGUGCACCAUAAAAUAAUGUACCAUCACCUGAAGGCCUUCAGGUGAAGAUAGGCAUAAGUAAUCGCCAAUGCCUUUGGCCUGCAAUCUUAUAAAGCCAUUAAUAUAAAACCCGCUUGCUCUCUUGCCUGAAAUACGUGUGUCCCUUAUCUAGUUAUCUUGCGGAUAUUCUGGCAACAGCGUCAGAAACAAACUGGAACGAGUAGAGGCCUCUUUCUCCGGCAUUUUUCUCUGGAUUUCUGUUACCCAUGUCACAAAGGCCAUUACUCAAAAUAAGCAAUUGUUAUGGGAAAAUUUAUGGCCACCUCAAACAAGUAACCAAAACCCCUCCACGAUUCUUGUAAAACGUUUGCUUCUCAUCCAUUUCAGUUUCGCUUCCUCUUCCUCGCGAGCCAUAUUACAAACACAUCCUCCCUUCCACCACCCUUCAUCCUCCUCUCAUUUCCCUUUCCUUCCCUGCAUGUUGCAGAUGCGUGGUGAAGAGUGCAGAAAAGAUAUGCGAUGAUGGAAGAAAACAUGUGUGAUGAAGAAGCUCAGCAGCAGGAGGAGGAACCUCUCUUGAUCCCAAAAUCAUCCAACAGCGACCGCAAGACUCCUAAACGGAAAGCAAUCAGAAAAACCUUCAAGAGCACCGCCCAUCUUGCAAACCUCCUACCUACUGGCACUGUUCUUGCCUUCCAGCUCCUGUCUCCCAUCUUCACCAACCAAGGCCGCUGCAAUGCCAAAAGCUGGAAUAUGACCGCAGGCCUCGUGGCUCUCUGUGGACUGUCAUGCUUCAUCCUGAGCUUCACGGAUAGCUUCCGGGACGAGUCUGGCAAGGUUCGGCAUGGGCUGGCAACAUUCAGGGGCUUGUGGGUUAUUGACGGAACUGCACCCCUUCCUCCACAGGUUGCAGUUAACUACAGGAUUAAACUCAUAGAUUUCAUCCAUGCAUUCAUGUCGAUACUGGUUUUUGUAGCGGUUGCUUUGCUUGACCGGAAUGUGGUGUCAUGCCUUUAUCCAACCCCAUCUGAGGAGAUGAAGCAGGUUCUCGCUUCACUGCCGAUCGGUAUCGGAAUUUUUGGCAGUAUGCUUUUUGUUGCUUUCCCCACCAGGCGGCAUGGAAUCGGCUUUCCACUCUCUUCCCAGUGAUGUCAGUUGUUCCAACUCUCUGUUCUUCCGUGUUCUUUUGCUGCAAGUGCAGUCAUCCAUUAUGAAAGCCCUUAUGGAGAGUAGGAUGUAUAAUUUAACAUAGCAAACAGCACUGUGUUCAUACAUUUACUGUUUAAAGACAGCUGGUAGUGGUAGAGAAGUUAUGAAGAAGCAUUCUGAAAAUCUACUUGUUGGACAUUAUGUCUUCUUGGUAAUGAAACUUCCAUUAUUUACUCUGAGAAGAGUAUCCAGUUUAUUCUUUCUUUUGAUAAUUCAAAACGAUAUUAAUAGAUAUUAUGAAAUUAAGUUGCAGCAAAUCAGGUACCCCAUGCAAUAAAUUAAGAAAAGUUCAGAAGAAUGUCUUUAACAAAAUUGCCCAGCCAGUAUAUUUUCUUUUACUUUUGCAUGGUAAGUAUAUCGCAAAUUCAUAGAAUGUGGCAAAAAUGUGGCAAAUUGCCCGUGUAUUUUUUAAAUGGAUUGGCAUUUUUUAAAGUAUAUAUUCUCAGGAAGCAUGCUAUUUUUUAAAGCAUUGCAAAAAACAUUCCAGAAAGUUACAAAAAUGUAC